GCAUGUACUCUGCCGCUGCGCAGUUGGGAGUCGCUCAGAGACUCGAAUAUACCCGCGACAGGCCGCCCCGCGCUAAGUGCCCGCUCAUCAGCUUGACCAAGGAAGAGGAAAACAGGUUCCGGCAGGGAGAGCUUGUACAGUGUGCCAUCCCCCCAUCCAACCCACACAGAGAGCGUUGAG